CCUCCCUCCUCCCACCUUUUUACUUCAAUUCCAUUCUCAUCCUCAAUUAAUCAUAUCACAAUGGCUGCUCCUCAAGGUUACCCUCUUCUGUGUCUGGAGAACCCUCUCCUCGACAUCCAGGCUCGUGGCGAUGCCGCUCUCCUGGAGAAGUAUGAGCUGAAGCCCAAUGAUGCUAUCCUCGCUGAGGACAAGCACAUGGGUAUCUACGAGGACCUGCUUGCCCGCGAUGCCAAGCUGAUCCCCGGUGGUGCCGCUCAGAACACCGCUCGUGGUGCUCAGUACAUGCUGCCUGAGCAGUCCGUUGUCUACAUCGGUUGUAUCGGUAAGGACAAGUUCGGUGAUGUCCUCAAGCAGACUUGCGAGGAGGCCGGUGUUCACACCGAGUACCGUGUCGAUGAGACCCAGCCCACUGGUAAGUGUGGUGUUGUCAUCACUGGCCACGACCGCAGCAUGUGCACCCACCUCGCUGCUGCCAACGAGUACAAGAUUGAGCACCUCAAGCAGCCCGAGAUCUGGUCUCUGGUUGAGAAGGCCCAGUUCUACUACGUCGGUGGUUACCACCUGACUGUCUGCGUGCCCGCUAUCAUCGCCCUUGGCGAGGAGGCUGCCGCUAAGAACAAGACCUUCAUGCUCUCCAUCUCUGCUCCUUUCAUUGCUCAGUUCUUCAAGGACCAGUUGGAUAGCGUUCUGCCAUACACCGACUACACAUUCUGUAACGAGACUGAGGCUAUUGCCUACUCCGAGGGCCACCAGUGGGGCACCGAGGAUAUCACCGAGAUCGCCAAGAAGUUCGCUCAGCUCCCCAAGAAGAACACCCAACGUCCCCGUGUUGCCAUUGUCACCCAGGGCACUCUUCCCACCAUUGUCGCCAUCGGCUCUGCUACCGGUGCCGUCGAGGUGAAGGAGUUCAAGGUCCGCGAGGUCUCCAAGGACUCCAUCAACGACACCAACGGUGCUGGUGAUGCCUUCGCCGGUGGUUUCUGUGCUGGUAUCGUCUCCGGCAAGUCCCUCGAUGACAGCAUCGACAUGGGCCAGUGGCUCGCCAGCAAGAGCAUCCAGGAGCUUGGACCUUCCUACCCCUUCCCCAAGCAGACCUACUCUCGCUCUUAAGCGUUUAUAAUGUAGGCUACGAAAGAAAAAGCAUAGACUACCAAAACACCUUCAACACAUCUACCAACCUAAUUUUGGAAGAUUUUGUGCGAUAAUCCAGUUCAACAACCGGAUGAGCACCACUUGACUUUGGAUGAUUCAACCCUCUAUACCCAAUUUUUCCUUUUCUUAAAACUUGAUGACUUCAACGUACUGUCUGACCUCAAAAAAUCGAACAAAACCCAUACUUUCUUGAGAAUUUUGUCCUUCAAAUUAUUUAUGGCUAUUCUUGUUACGGCCACUUGAUGAAUGAACAUACAUAUUCGGGCGAU